AUAUGGAUAGCUUCAGCACUUCAUGCAGCAGUCAAUUUUGGGCAAUACCCUUAUGCUGGUUAUCUCCCUAAUCGCCCUACAUUAAGCCGGAAUUUCAUGCCAGAGCCAGGAAGUGAUGAGUAUGAAGAGCUCAAGAAAAAUCCAGACAAGGUAUUCCUCAAAACAAUCACUCCUCAGCUGCAGACACUGAUUGGAAUUUCUCUCAUAGAGCUCUUGUCAAGGCAUGCUUCGGAUACUCUUUACCUUGGACAGAGGGACUCACCUGAAUGGACAAAGGAUCAAGAACCACUUUCAGCUUUUGAGAGGUUUGGAAAGAAGCUGAGUGACAUAGAGAAUCAAAUUAUGCAGAUGAAUGGUGAUGAGAAAUGGAAGAACAGAUCAGGGCCAGUUAAAGUUCCAUAUACCUUGCUCUUCCCCACAGGCGAAGAGGGACUCGCUGGGAAAGGAGUUCCUAAUAGUGUGUCAAUAUAGUACUUUAAUUCAACUUAAAGUAUUGUUGAAGUUCUUGAUAUUCCCAAUAAUAUUACCAAAUAAGCUCUUUGUUUCAAAGAAAGUUCUAGUUACAGUUAAAUGGGUUUAAUGUUGUUGGAUCUCCGUUCUUUAAGUAAUCCAUAUGUGUCUAGAAAAACCCCGUUCUAGCUUGUGUUGAUUCAGAAUAAGGAAGUGAAGUAAUAGAGGACUAUAUUUUAUAUCCAUAAGACUUGAAACAUAACUAAUAAACCUCUUUUUUCUUGUUG